AUGACGGCCUUGUUUGCUCGCCUGCGCUACCAUGCUCAUACCGUCGUUCUCUUCACAAUCUCUGACCUGAAAACAAUCUUUUUCCCCAUUUCCAUAUUCGCAUGUGCCGCGGCUCCCUUGCACUCCACGCCACGACUCCUUUGGGGUUUUAUGUGGAUAUGGAUGCACCAGUUCAUGUGCAACAUUUCGAACCAGUCUAGAGGAGCGGCAGAGGACGCGAUAAAUAAGCCAUGGCGCCCGCUGCCCGCAGGCCGAAUCACAGAGUCUCAAGCAACCGCUCUUCGAUGGGUCUCUGUGGGCCUGUGCGCGUGGUGGUCGGCAAUGUACGGCCCAGACCUUAUCCUUCCGACCCUGACGCUUUUCAUCACGACGUUUCUCUACGACGAGCUCGGCCUUGCGGGUCACUAUAUUGGAAAGAACUUCUGCAACAUUGGAGGCUACACCAGUCUUGAAAUCGGUGCCACGAAGAUCAUGGGCGCCAGCCGGGAGAUGGACUACAUCUCCGCCACUGCAGUGUGCAUAAGCGGUGCCUUGAUAUUUACGACAAUACAGGCGCAAGACUUCGCAGAUGUGGAGGGGGAUAAACAGCUUGGACGGGUUACAUUCCCCAUAUAUGCCCCGGAGUUCUCCCGCGCAUUCACGCUGGGAGCCCUCAUCGUGUGGUCUAUCUUUCUGAGCUGGUUCUGGCGCAUAGGGCCCUUAUGCGCCAUCGGGUUCAUUGGUUUGGGCGUUUUCGUCGGCCUCCGCUACUAUAUGCACAGAGCUGAAGCGGAAGAUCGCAAGUCGUAUGUCUUCUACAAUCUAUGGCUCAUGCUAGUACAUGUGCUACCCUUGAACGCCAGGACCGGGUUCAUUCAACUUUGA